AUGUCUUCUUCAACAACUCAGACGGUAGAGCCGGUGGUCUGCCACUUGAAGGCCGAAGUCGAGGCGAAAGAUGUCACGUAUGGGUUCUUGAGAUCAAAAAUCCCGGCGCAUUGCUUUGAGCGUUCCGCCCUCAAAGCAUUUGCAUACCUGUUCCGCGACAUUGUCUAUGCAUCUGCACUUGUGUGGCUCGCCCUGCAUAUUGAUCAUCUGCCCUCGCCAACGCUCCGGGUCGGAGCUUGGAUCCUUUAUACCUUUCUCCAAGGCUGCGUUGGGACCGGAAUGUGGAUCAUCGGUCACGAAUGUGGACACGGCGCCUUCUCUAAAUUCCCGUUGCUCAAUGAUGUUGUUGGAUGGGCUAUCCAUUCGGCUCUCAUGGUCCCCUACUUCUCGUGGAAGAUCACCCAUGCUCGUCACCACCGGUACCAUGCCCACAUUGACAAAGAUGUGGUCUUUGUUCCUCCGACUGAAGCUGAGAUUGAGAACCAGCAGCCCACCCUCUACACCAAAUUCGUGGAGCUGGUUGAAGAAACGCCUCUCUAUCAUGCUGUGACGUUACUCGGCCAUCAGCUGUUCGGAUGGCAAUUAUACAUGUUGUUCAACGUCAGCGCCGGAAAUAAGAGUCUGCCGCCCAAAGACUCCGGCGUUCGGAUGUUUCGGAACAGUCAUGUUGAUCCCUUUGGCUCCUUGUUCAAAGAUUCGCAAGCGCAUCUAGUGGCGAUUACUGACCUGGGCCUUCUGCUUGUGGGAGGUGCGCUGUACUACCUGGCGACACAGAUCGGCGCAUGGAAGGUUGCGCUGCUCUACAUUGUGCCCUACCUCUGGGUCCACCAGUGGCUAGUCGCCAUCACCUACCUGCAUCAUACUCAUCCCACCGUCCCACACUACGAUGAGAAGGCCUGGACCUUUGUCAAAGGCGCCCUUUGCACGGUCGAUCGACGAUUUGGCUUUAUCGGCCGCCACUUCUUCCACGAAAUUAUCGACUAUCACGUUAUCCACCACCUGUUCCCCCGGAUUCCUUUCUACCAUGCGGAGGAGGCAACGGAAGCAAUCGUGCCUUUCCUUGGAGAUCAGUAUCGUCUUGAUCAGGGAUUCUAUCUGAAGUCUCUGGUCGACACAUUCGUCCUCUUCCGCCUCAAACCCGGCGUGACCCCGGCCCAGUUAUCGACCUGGUCGCAGAUUACCCAGGCGAUGGUGGGGAAGAUUCCUGGGCUCACUUCCAUCAAGACCGGACAACCGUUGCCCAUCUCCGUACCCCGCGCCAAGGGAUUUGAUAUGGGCCUCGUGGCUAUUUUGGAGACGCCGGAACACGUUGCUACCUAUGCCACGCACCCGGCUCAUCUCGAAGUCCAUAAGAUGCGGGAGGAGCUGUGCGAGGAUACUUUGGCGUAUGAUCUGGAGUUCUAA